ACUAUUAUUACAGAUUUUUUGUUAUUAUGAAUCAACACAAAACGUGUUUAACAAAACGUAGCUUGACUGUUGUUUUGGUGUUGUGUUUCGUUCGCCAAAUGCCAAUUUUUCCACAGCAUUGAAAUGUAAUUAAAUUUAAAAUUAGUUAAAUCAGGUGCAUUUUAACAUGUCUACCGAUUUAAAAUCACGAAAUGUGCCUCUGGACCUGAGCAAAGUGUGUCGAAUAUGUCUGCAGUCGAAUAAACCAACAUGCGAUAUAUACACAAGUUAUUAUGUGAAAAGAAACACUCUCUACUGUGAAAUGCUAGCUUCCUGUACUAAAUUAAAGCUAAACAAAGAUGAUGGAUUACCAAGACAAAUAUGUAAAGACUGUUGUAAGCAACUUAAACGGACCUACGCAUUCAACCUGCAGUGUGAAGAGAGUGACAAGGAACUAAAAGGAUACAUACUUAAAGAUGAAUUUAAGAACAGUAAAGUAAAGGUUGUGAAAGAAGAAGCCGUGCACAAUACAGAACUUGUUUUGUCUAUGAUUGAGGAUAAUGAUGUCAAGAGUGAUAUUAAAGUUGAGCCUUCAUACAAUGAUGGAGAAGACAGCUGUUGGGAUGCAGAUGAUGACAACCUUCUUCUAGAAGAUAUCAAAACUAAGAAGAGGCUAGAUGAAUCAUCUUUAAACAAUGACAUCGAAAAUUGCAUAGACACAGAAGGAUUGCUUUUAGACAAUAUUGAAAUUAAGAACAAAAAUGAAGCAUCACAAUUACGCGAAUUGAAACCUAAAGGCAAAAGAGGGAGAAAGAAAAAAGUAACGCUAAACGGCGAGACGCCAUCUCUGCCGGAGAGCAAGUUGCCGCACCAAUGUGAUAUCUGUGGCAAGUUCCUGAGCACCAAGAGCAACCUGAAGGCGCACAAGAUAUGUCACACUGACAUACGACCGUAUAAGUGUCCCGACUGUCCAGCUUCGUUUAGGGGUCACAGCGCGCUAUUCCAGCACAAGAAAGUCCACACAGGUGAAACUCCAUACCACUGCGAAUACUGCCCGAAGCAGUUCAGCAGACGUACUGGGCUUGUCAAUCAUAUACGGAUGCACAUAGGUGAGAAGCUGUACAGCUGUGACAUCUGUUUCAAGAACUUUGUGCAGAGCGCUCAACUGUCAAUACACAUGAAACGGCACAAGGGAGACAAGCCGUUCCUGUGCCAGGAUUGUGGGAAAGGUUUCCCGAUAAAAGCGGACCUUCGCGUCCACCAGCGUAUCCAUAAUGGUGAGAAGCCGUACAGCUGCCACCUCUGCACCAAGACCUUCGCUACCGCCGGCAAUCUCUCCAUACACGUGCGCAUACACAACAAGGAAGUCAGAUACAACUGCGAAGUGUGUCACCGCGGUUUCGUCACAUGCAGUGCCUACAACGUCCAUCUAAAGCGGCACAAAGGGCAGAGAGACCAUCACUGCGAGUGUGGCAAGACUUUCUACACCUCGUCCGCGCUCAAACAACACAAAGUCGUCCACACCGGCGAAAAGAAAUAUCAGUGCAAAAUAUGCGAGAGAAAAUUCACACAAACUAGUCAUUUAAGUCGUCAUUUUAAAAGGGACCACGCAAAACCGAACAUGCCAGUGCCUUCGUCAGAUCAUUAUAAAAUUGUAUUGCAAGGAAACAAAGUAUUUGGGCUACUAGAUGGCGCUUUACAGAAGUUUACAGAGACCACUAAUUCAAACGUCAAAUGCGAAGGAUCAUAGUGACGUGUAUUUAAAGAAUAAUAGUAAAGAAUUUUAUCUAUUUUUGCGAACUUUUAGCGGUUUGAUAACUACCUCAAUGUUAUAGAGAAAAUUGAUUUUCGAUAUUUAAUUAUUAUUAUUGGUUUUAAGUCUUACGAUUUAUUUAAGUAGUACAUUUAUUAAAAAUGAUAUUGCAACUUUAUAAUUAGCUUUUUAUCAGUAUGUCAUCACAAUUUUAAACACACUUGUUAUUUGUUUAUUUUGCUGUAUUGGUUUUUUUUAUUUAUUAUUAUGUCCAGACAUUGUUGCUGUCAAUAGAAACUUAACCUUAUGGUCUUUCUUAACUCGAUCUGCUUUGAUCUCUUGACAACAUUGGCAGUCAAUUAUAAAAGUGAUUUAUGUGUUUACAAUAAUAUAAAAAAUAUAUUUAUAAGAUAACUGUCCAUGGUUGAAAUGUUACAAUUUAAUUUUGUAGUAAUUGUAAAUCCCUAAGAGUGAAUUAUAUGUUAUAUUUUGUCUUA